AUGGUGUCAAAUAAAUGCUGUGUAAAUGGAUGUCACGAGAGUUCCAAAACAAUUUUUGGCAUCCAUAUUAAAGAUAUUGCUGUAUGGGAAAAAUCUUUAGGUACACAACUAACCAGUGUAUCUAGAAUGUGUGCUAAAAAUUUUAAAAGUAGCGACAUAAUUAAUACUUGGGUGUCUGGAAAUGGCAACGAUAAAUACUCUAUUUGUUUAAAAAAACCAAGGCUGAAAACUGGAGCUGUACAAACUAACAUAAAUAAUAGCGAUCAUGAGAAAGUUAGUUAUUUUAGUGAAUACUUAUAA